AUGUCGACUUAUGAGGACGAUCACAAUUUGAGGGAAAACACCCCUCCAAGGUCAGGUAGGAACAAUCGAUCUGGUGGUAGAUCGGGCCAACCUCAAAGAAACCACCGAACACUCUCUGCUGCGAUCGAUUCGUUUAUAGAACUGAACAAUCCGCACUCUUCUGCGCAAGUACCUUCGCAAACGGUGCACGAUACGUUCCUGCAGGCGCUUCUGUUGUUAGCAACAGAGGAAGGGUCAGAACUAGCCCUCCAGUUACUCGAUACGAUAAACCUGGAGGCCAACGGAGGAGCCGGCGGCGAGAAGCAUCAGGGUGUUACAGACGAGUUUUUGGACUCCUUGGAAAGGGUUAAGCUUAAGGAUGUCCCUAAUAAGGAGACCGCUGACUGCCCCAUCUGCACGAACUUGUUCGUAGAUAACGAGUACCCGCUCUUGGUUAGGUUGCCUUGUAACGUGCAACAUGUCAGUGGGAAGAAGUCAAAGGGCCACAUCUUUGACAUGGAGUGCAUUGCUCCUUGGUUGAAGAUGAAUUCGACAUGUCCCUUGUGCCGGUUUGACGUUGUAGCAGCUGACAAGACAAGAAGAGAAAAGCUAGAGGAAGAGUUAAGGAAAUUGAAGGAGGAAGACGAAGAGGAGGAGGAAGAAGGGUGGGACGUCUAUGGAUAG